AUGCUUGAAAGAUGGUUGUUGGAAGAUGAAGAUGGUGAUUAUGAUGAUGAACUUGGUUUGUUUGAUGUGGCUAUUACUGAGAGACUGAGUCAUAGAACAGAUCGAGGAGCAGGAUGGCGUUAUGUUCAGCAACUUAUGUACGAAUCUGAUCAGCAAUGUUACGACAUUCUGCGCAUGAAUCAAAGGACGUUUGAAGCUUUGUGCAAGAUGCUAGCUCAGCGAUAUGGAUUGGAAGAGUCUCACCAUGUCUACCUUGAGGAAUCUGUUGCGAUGUUUCUCGAGACUGUUGGUCAAGAUAAGACGAAGAGGGAUAUUGCUGCAAGGUAUCAAAGAUCGUUGGAUACAGUACAAAGAAAGCUUGAUGAAGUCUUGAGUGCUCUUCUCAAGUUUGCAGAGGAUACACUAAAACCAGAAGAAGGUGAGUUUGCAAGAGUGAGUCCUGUUUUGAGAAACGAUGAUCGGUAUUGGCCUCAGUUCAGAGAUUGUAUUGGAGCACUUGAUGGAACUCAUAUCCCGGUUCGCCCUCCAAGUCAGAAUGCAGAUGCAUACAGAGGCAGAAAGCAAGAUCCUACAAUGAAUGUUCUUGCUAUAUGUAACUUCGAUAUGAAGUUCAUAUAUGCAUAUGUCGGUGUACCUGGUAGAGCACAUGAUACCAAGGUCUUGACUCAUUGUGCGAGAAACGAGGCUUCUUUUCCACAUCCUCCUGCUGGAAAGUAUUAUUUAGUUGACUCCGGAUAUCCGACCAGGACAGGGUAUCUUGGUCCACAUCGUAAUAUGCGAUAUCAUCUUGGUCAGUUUGCUACAGGAGGACCACCAGUUAGUGCAAGAGAGUUAUUCAACCGAAAGCAUUCAGGUCUACGAUCAGUGAUUGAGAGGACAUUUGGAGUAUGGAAAGCAAAAUGGAGGAUUUUGGAUCGUAAGCAUCCAAAGUAUGGUCUGGUCAAGUGGAUUAAGUUGGUGACAGCGACGAUGGCGCUACACAACUUCAUACGUGAUUCACAUCGGGAAGAUCUUGAUUUUGUACAGUGGCAAAAUGGUGAUGAUGGAGAAGGAGAAGAAGCUGCUAGUGACGGUGAUGAAGAAGAAGGUGGUGGUGGUGGUGGUGGACAUAUUGUUUAUGAGCCGACAGGUGAUAGAGCGAUGGAAGAUUUGCGUGAUAACAUCACAAAUGAAUAUGGUAGAGGUCGUUUACCGUAUUAA